AUUCUUCUGCCGCCUUUUACUUCUGAUUUUGGGAAUGGCUAACUAUUCAAACCCGGCGGGGAUGAGCAGUGACAGUGGAGAAACCACCGCGUUGGAUACGAGGCCAGGUGGUAUGGUCGUUCAAAAGAGAGACGACGGAGACAGUGGGCCCACUCACACCACUCUUACCCUUAAGCUCUCGUAUGGCGCCCAGCAACUCGACCUUACAGUGCCAUCUGAUUCCACUUUUGGUCAAGUAAAAGAUAAUAUUUCCCAAGUAAUUGGUUUGGAGCCUAAAGUCCAAAAACUUUUGUUCAGGGGUAAAGAAAAAGAGGAUCAAGAAUAUUUGUUUUUGGCUGGCGUGAAGGACAAUUCUAAACUGGUUCUUAUGGAGGAUACAUCAAGUUAUGAAAAAAAGUCUGAAAAGGUGGAGGUAAGAAGUGAAGCUGAUGAUAAAGUGCCUGAAGAGGUCAAGGUAAAUAGUGAAAUAUCAAGAGGAGGUGAAGCAGUUACUGCAGUCAGAGUAGAAGUUGACAUGCUUUCGGAUCAGGUGGAUGCUUUACAAGCAGUUGUUAAUGGUGGGACCAGGGUUGAUGAGAAGGAUAUUGUUUUUUUAACUGAGAUGCUGAUGAGGCAGUUAUUGAAAUUAGAUAGUAUAGAGGCUGGAGGAGAAGGGAAGUUGCAAAGAAGGGAGGAGGUGAGGAGGGUCCAGAGCCUAGUAGACAAAAUGGAUGUUCUGAAGGAAAAGAAUUUGAAUCCUUUUCAUGACAACUCAAAUCCUCCACCCGUCAGUGACGAUUCUAAACUCUAAAGCAGUGCCCGCUAAAACUGAAUGGGAGACUGUUGAUUUGGUCGUCGGCAGCCUCAAUCCUCCUCCACCUCCAAGUUUUCCACAGCCAUCCUCAUCUGCUGUGGUAAUACAUGAUUGGGAGGAGUUUGAGUAGUCAUUCAUUAUUUAUCACCCAUUAAUGACUUCAUUUUUUGCCGUGGAACUUAACUUGUGGAGUACACGAUAUUGAUAUGCAAGCGUCAAUAUAAAAUUAUUUUUGUAUGUAUGUAUGCAUGUAUGUAUGUUUGUGUUAGUCCAAAAAUGGACCCUGGUUGGCUGUCAAGUAGGAAUCGAAGUAUAUGAAAAUUGGAAAGUCCCAGGAGCUUGUGUUAAAAAAAUAGCUUCUGUUAUCAUUGAACCUCUAUGGCCUUUUAUAGGCAUUAUAUGUUGUAUUGUUGUAAUCACUAUAAAGCAUAAUGGCUCAUUAA